GUUUCUGCAGUUGAACUUUUUUUUUAAUCGAACACCUGCGUCUCUUUUCUACUUUUAAUACACUGAUGAAUGAUGGAGGACGACCACGAGAUCUGCAGGGUUUGCAGAUGUGAAUCGACACACGAUCACCCUUUAUUCCAUCCAUGUAAAUGCUCUGGUAGCAUUCGAUUUGUGCAUCAGGAUUGCCUUCUCGAGUGGUUAUCGCAUAGCAAGAAAAAGUAUUGCGAAUUAUGCGAGUAUCCUUUCACAUUUACACCGAUUUAUCGAGAUGAUAUGCCUGAUCGGAUACCGAUAGGUGUCCUCGUACGUCAGUGUGCACGACGGUGUGGUGCACUACUGUGGGCCUGUUUCCGUGCUGCGCUGGUCGUUGUCGUUUGGCUUGUCAUCUUGCCAUUCUUAACCUUAUGUACUUGGCGGUUUUACUUUUGGAGUGGAGAAAGCAUUGGGUUUGCAAAAAGGCUGGCCAAGAAUGCAACCUUACUUGCCGAGGAGUCAUUAUCAUCGUCUUCGAGUUUAUCAUCCUCCCUCAACAACGCAACCGUGUCUUCUCCCACAUCUUCCUCAAUUCUGUUCGGCUAUAGUAUAAAAGGAUUUCUGAGUGAAUGCUUUGAAGGUCAAAUCAUCACUGCAUUUGUAAUCAUUGUCUUUGUUGCUGCAUACUUAUUUCGGGAAUGGGUGAUCCAGAACACUCCUGCCGAAACGGGUAUCGAGAUGCUCGACGACAACGAAGAAUUUGCUCACGAUCAUAAUAACGACAACGAUGACCGGUUUGCACAGCAACAGGCGGCCGUAGAUCUUCUGUUCAACGUUGCCCAGACAAUUCAACCCGAGGAUGACGCAACAGCUCAGCAACAAGAAGAUCUAACUGCACAUCUCGCCGAUAUUACACGACAACUCGAGCGGAGGAGACGGAUGAUGGGUGAGAACCAACGAUAUCGUACUACUGAAGAGAUUAAUGGCGCUGUGGAAUUGCCGCCAACCUCAUCCCGGAGCAGCAGUAGCAGUGACAACACAUAUUCGUCAAGCAAUAACCAUGAUCACGACGACAAUGACGAUGACUACCUUGAUGACUCGCAACCUACCGACGAGAAUGUUUUUUCAUCUCCUGAACCAAUCCUUGAACAGCAAAAUGAGGCUACCGCCAGCAGUAGUAGCAAUAACACCAUUGUUAGUAGUAGCGCCACUGCAACUACCAGCAGGAAUAAGGGCAAGACGCGGGAUGAUCGAGGGGGAGCAUUCUUUGAAGAAAUCAACGAAAGCGCCGAGGAAGAAGAAGAUCUUGCAUCAAGUAGUCGUCAAUCGUUGCUUGCUAGUUGGAGAGACGAACACAAUAGACGGGAGGAUGCUUCCUCGAAACUGCGAUGGAGAGCACCAGAAUUUGCCGAUUCACCAGAUGCCGAUAUACCAGGGAAUCAUUUCCCAGCAGCUGAUGAGCCUUUGUUGGGUCACCAUGACGAAGAAGACGACGACGAGAUCGAAGAAGAGGAUGGGGAUGAGGAGCAGCACCUCCUCCACCAUCACCUUGACAACGACAUUGGCGCUAGGGAACAGCAACAGCAGCAACUCCCCAAUAUCCGCAAUUUCGCACCUGCACCACCCCCUCCUCGUCCAGCACGUGAACAGUGGGAUAAUGGAAACGACAAUCGAGAUAAUGCAGUUGACGACGAGGAGCCUUUCGACCUUGGCGAAGACAUUGACGGUGUGCUUGAAGCAAUCGGAAUGCGUGGCAGUAUGUGGAUGCUCUUGCAGAACUCAGUUUUGAUGUCACUGAUGAUCAGUCUAUGUCUCGGUGUUGCCGUAUGGAUACCAUAUGUCAUUGGACGACUUGUCAUUUUGAUCCGACCAAUCAGCUUUCUGAAAACACCCAUUUCGAUCCUUCGCUUCAUCACUGACCAUAUUGUCGAUUUCACACUUGAUUAUGGCAUGCCCUACACUCGGUCAAAGAUUGCGUGGACAGCCAAAUUGCUACCGGAAAAUGUUCAGGUGGCGCUCAAAAUUGUUGACGGAUAUAUUACGGAUUUCUUCGCUCAGCACUCGAGUUUGUAUACAUCUACGGCAACCGUGAUGGCUGAUUCCAUUUCCGCAUCCCCGACUGCUACUACAACAACUGCUGCUGCUGCCAUUACCACCGCCACCGGCACUAGUAGUGCAAUCCACACUGUUCUUCCAAUUGAUAUUUUCGCGUGGAGUGGACAUUUGGUAGUGCUCCAAGAAAAGGUCGAGAUAGCGGCAUCAAUGAUCCUCGAACGCUGGCAUCGGUUUGCUUUGGGACAGUCUGGCUUGGAUCGCAGUAUUUGCAUUUUGAUGGGCUACACUGUGCUCGUCGUUGUUGGCUCCUGGUACCUUGCUCGGGCACGACGCGUAUCAUCCCAUAAUGCGGCUGGCAACAGCGUCAAUGACAUCAUCCGUCAACAAGGUGUAUUCCUCAAGGUGUUUUUCUUUAUCGUCCUGGAACUUGUCGUAUUCCCUACUGUAUGUGGUGUUCUGAUUGAUAUUGCAACAUUCCCAUUGUUUGAAGACGCAACCAUUGCUGGUCGGUGGGAAUUUUUCCGUGCAAAUCCAUACUCGGUUACGUUUUUGCACUGGUUCAUUGGCACCGGCUUCAUGUUCCAUUUUGCUGUAUUCAUCACUCUUGUACGUGAGACAGUUCGUCCAGGUGUGAUGUGGUUUAUCCGUGAUCCGAACGACCCGCAGUUCCAUCCAGUUCAAGAAAUGAUUGAACGCCCUGUGCUGACGCUUAUUCGCAAGAUUGGCUCUAGUGCAUUGAUGUACUGCAUUCUAAUUGUCGUUGGUAUCGGUGCUGUCACGCUUGCCGUCAGUCAGUAUACUGGUGUUUAUCCGCUACGCUGGUCAUUCGAUGCUCCUUUGUCGACAUUGGCUUUGGAUCUUAUAGCCGUUCAGUUCUUGGUUCCACCUCUGGUAUCCCAUAUCAAGCCGCGAGACUUCUGCAAAAAGGUCAUGUCGGACUGGUGGCGAGCGGCAUCACGCCAUCUUCGCCUGACUUCAUUCAUGUUCAAUGGCCGGUAUCCCGAAGAAGAGGGCUCGCACGUACGCAAAACAUUCACAGCUUGGCUUUUGCGUCGGAAAGCACCCAUCAACACUGAUGUGGUAUAUGCUGACGUUGCAAUCAAUAACAACAACGGCAACGCAUCUGUCAUUUUCAAACGGGAUGGCACGUUGGCCCGUGUACCGAAGCACGACAGCGUCCCUGUACCUGACAAUCGACGCAUGAUCGUGCCUGUUGACCCGAUCAACCUUGAGCCUAUCAACGAAAAUGAACGAAGACUCGGACACCCUGCAGCAGUUGAAUCGGGCGAUUUGGAGAACAACACAACGAUUAUCUAUAUCCCUCCAAAUUUCCGGCUUCGUGUCGCCUCUUUCGUGUUCCUAUUAUGGGUAUCCGGCUCGGUCUUGACUUGUUCCCUUACUGUCGCUCCUUUGCUAUUGGGCCGUCAUGUAUUUGAAAAGUACUUGGCAGGAACCCAAGUGCAUGAUAUGUAUGCAUUCAUCGUCGGCGCAUACAUUAUGAUGCUAUUGAGCACAUUCAUCAACUGGAUCGGUCAAAAGUAUGAUGUGCUUGCUCGAUCUCAUGGUGAUGUGGAUAUUUCGGCAACUGUCGGUUACAUCAAGCAGAAUAUGAAGAAGUUCUUGAAAGGAACUUAUCUUGCAGCAACAUUUGGUUUCACUGUUCCGCUUUUGCUGGGUAUUUUGGCUGAUGUAUACAUCUUUAUGCCCAUACGAUACUCAAGUUCAAACGAUGCAUUAGUGAUUCAUGUAUCGGAGGACUGGUCGUUUGGUGUUGUCUUUAUGGGGAUCUUCUACGGCGUUGUGUACAUACUUCCCGAUAACCCUGUGCAGCGAUAUAUUGAUGGUAUCGUUGGCGGUAAUGUCUGGGAGGUCGAUGCCUGGAAGAUUACCCGGUCCAGCAUCGCACCGCUUGUCGCCACUUCUAUCGCUGCUAUUGUUGUUCCAGGAUUGCUUUCAGUGGCUGCAGUAAGACUUUUCAAUAUCUACGACGGUGCACUUCAAUUAGCACUUUUCCGAUGCGCCUAUCCGGUGGUAUUCUGUCUCGCUAUUCUGGUUGGUACGCUCGUGCUUAGCACAAAGCUUUUCCGCAUCUGGCUCAAGGCUGUACGGGAUGAUACAUACCUCAUUGGCAAACGACUUCAUAAUCUAGAUGAACGAUAAAUACUCUCCUCCUCUCUCCCGACCUUUUCUCUACCCCAUUUUUUUAGUAAUCUAUCAGAGACGAUAACAACAACAAAUGCACACCUCCUUAACAUAGAAUCUCUUACUACCCGUUUUUUGCCAAAGUAUCUCUCUCUCCCAUCUUAUCUCCACACUCGCACUGCCAUUACCACCCAUUUACAAAUUCAAUUAUCAUCACCUCUUUGAAAUAUAUACACUAAUGAUUAUGCAUUGAGAGAAACCAAAACGAUUUUGCAUGUCGCAGCUUAUCACUUGAGCAAAGCGUGCUCGCCAUAUC